AUGGUUGAGAGCAAGGUGGCAGGGGAGGAGGGCGGUGCAUGGGUGGCAGUGGUGAAGGAACGGUGGUGUGAUCGGGGGACUGAGGGAUGGGAGGGGAAAGGGAGGAAGAGAGAAGGGUGUGGGGGAAGGGUCUGCCUGGGGCAUGAGGGUAAGGCAGUGCAUGAGGGUAAGGCAGUGCAUGAGGGCAAGGCAGGGCAUGAGGGUAAGGCAGGGCAUGAGGGUAAGGCAGUGCAUGAGGGUAAGGCAGUGCAUGAGGGUAAGGCAGUGCAUGAGGGCAAGGCAGUGCAUGAGGGUAAGGCAGUGCAUGAGGGUAGGGCAGUGCAUGAGGGUAAGGCAGGGCAUGAGGGUAAGGCAGUGCAUGAGGGCAAGGCAGUGCAUGAGGGUAAGGCAGGGCAUGAGGGUAAGGCAGUGCAUGAGGGUAGGGCAGUGCAUGAGGGUAAGGCAGUGCAUGAGGGUAAGGCAGUGCAUGAGGGUAGGGCAGUGCAUGAGGGUAAGGCAGGGCAUGAGGGUAAGGCAGUGCAUGAGGGUAAGGCAGGGCAUGAGGGUAAGGCAGGGCAUGAGGGUAAGGCAGUGCAUGAGGGUAGGGCAGUGCAUGAGGGUAAGGCAGUGCAUGAGGGUAGGGCAGUGCAUGAGGGUAAGGCAGUGCAUGAGGGUAAGGCAGGGCAUGAGGGCAAGGCAGGGCAUGAGGGCAAGGCAGUGCAUGAGGGUAAGGCAGUGCAUGCGGGUAAGGCAGUGCAUGAGGGCAAGGCAGUGCAUGAGGGUAAGGCAGGGCAUGAGGGUAAGGCAGUGCAUGAGGGUAAGGCAGUGCAUGAGGGUAAGGCAGUGCAUGAGGGUAAGGCAGUGCAUGCGGGUAAGGCAGUGCAUGAGGGUAAGGCAGGGCAUGAGGGUAAGGCAGGGCAUGAGGGCAAGGCAGUGCAUGAGGGUAAGGCAGUGCAUGAGGGUAAGGCAGGGCAUGAGGGUAAGGCAGUGCAUGAGGGUAAGGCAGUGCAUGAGGGUAGGGCAGUGCAUGAAGGUAAGGCAGGGCAUGAGGGUAAGGCAGUGCAUGAGGGUAAGGCAGUGCAUGAGGGUAAGGCAGUGCAUGAGGGUAAGGCAGUGCAUGAGGGUAAGGCAGGGCAUGAGGGUAAGGCAGUGCAUGAGGGUAGGGCAGUGCAUGAGGGUAAGGCAGGGCAUGAGGGUAAGGCAGGGCAUGAGGGCAAGGCAGUGCAUGAGGGUAAGGCAGUGCAUGCGGGUAAGGCAGUGCAUGAGGGCAAGGCAGUGCAUGAGGGUAAAGCAGGGCAUGAGGGUAAGGCAGUGCAUGAGGGUAAGGCAGUGCAUGAGGGUAAGGCAGUGCAUGCGGGUAAGGCAGUGCAUGAGGGCAAGGCAGUGCAUGAGGGUAAGGCAGUGCAUGAGGGUAAGGCAGGGCAUGAGGGUAAGGCAGGGCAUGAGGGCAAGGCAGUGCAUGAGGGUAAGGCAGUGCAUGAGGGUAAGGCAGUGCAUGAGGGUAAGGCAGUGCAUGAGGGCAAGGCAGUGCAUGAGGGUAAGGCAGUGCAUGAGGGUAAGGCAGUGCAUGAGGGUAAGGCAGUGCAUGAGGGCAAGGCAGUGCAUGAGGGUAAGGCAGUGCAUGAGGGUAAGGCAGGGCAUGAGGGUAAGGCAGGGCAUGAGGGCAAGGCAGUGCAUGAGGGUAAGGCAGUGCAUGAGGGUAAGGCAGUGCAUGAGGGUAAGGCAGUGCAUGAGGGCAAGGCAGUGCAUGAGGGUAAGGCAGGGCAUGAGGGUAAGGCAGUGCAUGAGGGUAAGGCAGUGCAUGAGGGUAAGGCAGUGCAUGAGGGUAAGGCAGUGCAUGAGGGUAAGGCAGGGCAUGAGGGCAAGGCAGUGCUUGAGGGUAAGGCAGGGCAUGAGGGUAAGGCAGUGCAUGAGGGUAAGGCAGUGCAUGAGGGUAAGGCAGUGCAUGAGGGUAAGGCAGUGCAUGAGGGUAAGGCAUGA